GCAACUCUCCCCAGGGAAUUUUGGAGAUGAGAACUUCCCGGUUAGAUUAUUGCCUGUCUGCGUGAAAAUUUGGAGUCGACGAUUGCUAGGACUCUUCUUAUUCAUUUUAUUUGUUUCCACACUCUUUUUUUAAUCCUUUCGUUCCCAUUUGGUUGUAUUCAGCCAACCCCACAUUAUGAGUAAAAAGUUCAAGUCUCAGGCUUCAAGCAGCCGUGCUGCUGCUAGCACUUUUGGUUCUUUCGGGGGAUUUUCAGGCUCUUUUUCUAGCCAAGGAAGGGAACCGUCUUCUCUUACAUAUGUGGCCGAGCCACCAGAUCUGUCGCAAAUAUCAGAGGCGCAAUUGGCUAUCGCAUUCAAGAACUUCUUGAAAAAAGAUGAAGUGACAAGAACAAAGGCAUUAGAUGAUUUGAAAGAUUACGUCGCCACGGUAGAAGGUCGCAGUGGGACGCUUGAUGAUGGGUUUCUAGAGGCCUGGGUUAAAAUCUAUCCACGGGCGUCAAUCGACCUCGCUCGUAGAGUAAGGCAGUUGGCUCAUACCAUUCAAGGCUCUGUUGCAGGACUCGUGGGAAAGCGCAUUGCCCGCUAUCUACCCAAGGUGGUGGGGGCAUGGCUUGCGGGACUUUAUGACAAUGAUAGACCAGUUCAACGAUCUGCAGUAGAGUCAUUUACACGGGUGUUCUCAACCGAUGAGAAGAGGAACAGUGUGUGGAAGAUCUACCAGAGCUCUGUCUUGGAUUUUGCGGAUGAUGUCAUCCUCCAGCAAACUCCUCUCACACUGAGUGAUGAGCGAACAGUUAAGCCCGAUGAUGCUGAAGCGAAAUAUGCCCGAGUGGCCGGAACUGCACUUUUGUUAUUUAAUCGAAUCUUAGGAACCUCGUCCCAUGAGGAUCUUCAAAAGAAUCUUCCCGCGAUUGAAAGCCUACUAGGUAGCAAGUCACUGUUUGCUUUCUGCUACCAUGAAGACCCUUUUGUUCGCCGGUCUGUUUAUACACUUCUUCGAUCGGCGGUUUCAAAGGAGCCCGAAGAGCUUGAUUGGAAGAUCAUAAGCGCGGCUGUGAUCGGGAAGUCUUUACAUAUCUCUCAGAUAGGAUCUGCUUCCGAUUUGUCCGAAUGCCUGUUGCAGGCAACAUCCGCAAGGCCUCAGUUAUGGACAGACGAUUACACCGGAAAAUCAUCCUCCUCGAAGAGACUAUUGCAAUACAUCCAGAAAGGGUCCCAGGGCGGCUCGGGCUCAUUCUGGCCAAAUCUUGCUCAAUUGUUGCAGGUUAUUCCACUACAAGCGUUGGCAAAGACUGAAUCGCAAUCGACUGUUGCUGAGGGUGGGAUUAGUCUGCCAAGUGCCAUUGCUCUGACAGAAGCUUUCCAAGAAGGUCUCAAUUCAAGAGAAGAGCCCAGACAAAAUCAACUGGUGGGGUGGAAAUCGUAUAUCGACACGGGAAUAUGGCUGGCGACUUUGCUCUCUCAAGACGACAAACAACAGUUUAUCGAAGGAAGACUGUCUCCUUUAUUGGAGCAGUAUGUUAAAGCCGAGCCAGAUCUUGCUCGAUGGUCACUACCUGCGCCCUCAGCUGAAGCUAUUUGUGCCGAUUAUAUUAUCACACUAGUUAAGAAUGAUUAUGAAAGGGAGUUAGAACUGCUAUGGACGCGGCUGUCAGAUGGUGUACUUGAAUCCGUCAAAUUGUCUUCUCCGGAGCAAUCGAAGGAUUUCAGAAUGUCACAGGACGCAAUAUGCGCGCAAGCCAAACGUCUUCUCACAUUGGAGGCUGCCGCCCUUGCCCGGUCAACGGAUGUCGAUCAUGAGCCUCGGAUAUCAAGCGUAUUUGAGAAAACAGGCUUACCACUUCUUGAAAAUUGCUUGCAGGUGUUGCAGACUCGGAACGGUAAACCGUAUGGAGCAGCCGCGGUGGUCGAAGAAACAAUUAACAACAACUCACCGAUUGCCCGACGCUCGGAGGAGCUGCUGAAGUUCGUCCAAAAUGAUGCACCUGAACUCCUGUUUUCACCAUCAGCCGAUCGACUAACUGCAAUCAUUUUGUCAUGCCGUUCUUGGGAUGGAUUUGGCACGAGCUUUGAGAAGAUCGUGGAACGGGUUAUACAACUUGGGCCAGAACAGUCGAAUGCAGACGUUCUUAAGAAGCUUCUCUCAACCCUCGAUUUCAAAGAAAUCGACGAUAAGAAUGGACUCAAUGCGUUGAUCAUGCGGGCAUUAGAUAGGGCUUGCAAAGGCAAUCCUUCUUACUGGCCAAUAGUCAUUGCUGCUCUCCAGAACCAGACCUCAAGGGGCGAACUGACGGAUUCCAUAUUCUUGUCGAUAAUUGAGUCAUUGUCUACUGAGAACAUUGUCUUUGAUGCCUUGCACGGACUCUCUCAGCUUGCAACUUCUGCUCCAACCGCGGUUAGAGAAUUCCAAAACGGGGCCCAUGGUUCGAAAUUGGCGGGGAAGCUACUCUAUCUCACGGAAUCCCCCUCUGAGGAAGUAGCAAACCUCGCAGAGUCACUGAUCAAGACACUGAAAGAAACUUCUGUCAGCGAAACAAGCACCAAGUCAAGUCUGGAGAUUCUUCGGCACGGGUUCGACCAUGUUACUGAGGAAUCCCUCUCGGUUGAAUCGCUAUUAAACAUUGCGGAAGAACUGCUCCAAAGUUCCAAACCCGAGGAAAAGGGCCAAUUGGCAAAAGAAAUCCUGCCCUCUCGUCAAUCAUGGGAGAAUGCUUUGGGACCAUUCCUUGAGCUUCCGCCUCGAGUAUCAACUGCUAUCACAAGCCCUAUUGGCGGUAUCGUUCACCUCAUCGAUCGUGAACUGCCCGAUACUUUCUAUGGAAGCUAUGAAAGAAUACCGCGUGAUUCAAAUCAUUGUUCGUCUGCAUUCCGAUUGGCCUAUUUCACGACCCGGAUCCUCUCGUUGUUUGAAGUCGCAGAGUACCUCGGGACACAGGAUCUUGAAACACUAUUCUACAACUUACCACUGGCCAUACAAGUGAUUGACGAUGAUCUUAGCAUCGAGAACUGCAAUGGCAUAGCUGGCUUAGAGCUUCCCGAGCAACGAGAGGCAUACAUGGAAAUCGUCAAUGAUGGUCGGAAGUUGAUCAACACGUGGAUCCGUUCGAACAGCCAGGUGAUAGACUCCGAGAAGGAAACAAUUUCCUCCGUGCUAUAUCAUUGCUGGGAGAGCAAGCUGGAAAAUCUAGGAGGCGUUUCUCCAAAAGACUACCGUGUCGGAGAAGCUUUUGCCAGGGUUAUGGCUGGUUUGGACUCCUUGGAUAAUAUCGUCACUGGGGAAGACAUUACCAAAAUCUGCAGGGAAAGCCGCACAGCAAAUGCUAUCCGUUCGGCAUCUUGGUUUUCUGUAUUGCGACCUUUGGUCAUCUCCAACCCCUCCGGAACCAGACUUUGCAACGAGCUCGUUGCUGAUUCCACAGGACUCAAGCCCCAGGAUGAACGGAAAGAUGGUCUUCGGAAGCUCGCACUCCUCAAUAUUCUCUUCUCCGGGGAAGAAAAUCUUGCUGCGUCAAUUCCAACACAGCGAUUGGUUUUCCUUGUCAAGCACCUUAUGCAAUGUCUCCAGUCGGAGCUAAAGUCACAGGGGGUUAAAGCUGAAAUUAUUCAGACUCUGUCAUUUGUUCUUCCUUGUCUCCAUGAAAUAUAUGGCUCGCAUUGGGAGGAAAGUAUGGAAAUUCUCAGUACAACGUGGAGAGAAGCGAGUGGCGGCGACGAAGCUUUGCCAGUUUUGAUUUCAUCUUUUAGACUCUUCGCACGAUUGAGGUCCAUCGCAGACAACGAAGAUAGUAACGACGAUGUGAAGGACGCCUGGUCGGAUCGAAAGGCUACGCUUUGCAACAACUUAAUAUCGACUCUGCGGAAAUUUGACUCUGAAACCGCUUUCCAUCUACCCCGGGAUGUGACGGUUGGGCUGUUAUGCCGCUUGGUCAACACGAUACCCGUUGAAAAGCUAGAGGAUGUGAACAGGAUAUUCCCACUUCUGACAGCGCAGAGCCGGGUGAUCCAGUGUGGUGCCUACAUUGUUCUUCACCGAUAUAUUCCUAGCAUCCAAGAACAGGUAUCGUUUAAUGUGGCAUUGUCGAAGUCCACGGUCAGCCUUCCUGAUGAGCUCAUGUCUCUGCUACUUGAGGCUCCCACAAUGGAAUCGAUAGCUUCUUCACACGGCGAUGACAAGAUAUGGACUACUAUACGAUCGUAUCUGUUAAGCUGGAAGGUGGUGUUUGACCACUUUUCUAAUGCGUCUCUUCCUGUUCAAGAAAACUACGUGUCAAACAUCAAGGAGAACGACAGCCUCAUUCCGCUGCUGGAAUUCAUGUUCGACUUCCUCCAAAAGUCCAAUGAAAAGGUCAUUGACGCAUCGAAGUUCGACAUUCGGUCUUUCGAGCUAGAUCAAUCGGAAACGUCCGAGAAAGAGACGCAAUGGAUUUUGGUGCAUCUUUACUUCUUGUGUCUGAAGCAUCUUUCCAACAUGACGAAAAAUUGGUGGCUCGACGCGAAGAAGCGUAUCAAGGGACCGGUCGAGACUUGGACCGAGAAAUUCAUUUCACCGUUGAUCAUCAUCGACGCUCUGCAAGGUGUCACUGAAUGGAGUGCAACUCAAGAUCCGGACGAGGAGCGAGCAUUGAAUGUGAAGAUAUCGCCCAAGACAGGAGAAAUCAUCGCAAGUAUUGUGGUGGAUGAGGAAUCGCCGCCUGUUGCAUUAUCCAUCUCCCUUCCCCCGGCUUAUCCUUUGCAGCCUGCGUUGGUUGUCGGCAGAAGCCGGGUCCUUGUGGACGAGAGAAAGUGGAAGAACUGGUUGAUUACGAUUCAAGGUGUAAUCAUGUUUGCCAACGGAAACCUGGUGGAUGGAUUGCUAGCAUUCCGAAAGAACGUGCAGGGUGCCUUGAAGGGCCAUAGCGAGUGUGCAAUUUGCUACUCGGUCAUCUCAACGGAUAUGCAGACACCGAACAAACGAUGCGCGACCUGCAAGAACGCCUUCCACUCUGUCUGUCUCUACAGAUGGUUCAAGAGCAGCAACCAGAGCACCUGUCCGCUGUGCCGAAACAACUUUGUUUAUGUAUGAAGGGGAACGGAUGAUAUACGUUAGACAUAGAGGUGAUGAUUUAAAAUUGGGUAUUUGAUUGUAUAGAUCAGUACAUUUGCUCAAAAGUUCCACAUCAAAUAUAUAUACCUUUCAGAGUUCAGACAAACCA